CCUCUCUCAGCGUCUAAUCUCGCUUUCUCUCUCCACUUCUAAAUAUUAUUAUAUAGUUGAUUUAAAAAAAAGAGAUAAACUCUAAUAAAAUAUUCAUCAUCUCUGAUUAAAUUAUCCAUCCAUCUGAAAUAUUUCAAAACAACCGUUUCACCGCGGUAGUUAUAUAUUUUACACACUGCGGACGUGGCAAUCAUCCAAUAACAAACGGUCAUGAAUACCAAAACGAUGCGCCUUCCGCCACGUCGUAUGCUGACGUCAGACAAACGAAUUCUCCCGAGUGUCGCUGAGAAACCGACGGAGACCACCGGCGAAACAAAUCCACCACCACCGCCGCCGCCGAAAUCAAUCCUCAAGAAAACUCAAACCGUUGCUCCACCGACCGCCGCCGGUCCGAAUCAGCUCCUCGCGGGUUAUUUGGCGCACGAGUAUCUCAACAAAGGCACACUCUUCGGAGAGCAGUGGAAUCCGGCUCGAUCCGAGGCGAGGAAGAAUAAGGCGAGCCAUGAUAUGGAGCCGAGUGAUUAUAAACGGAGGAGAUAUGUGGAGGUAGCUGAUAUCCUCAGGGCAGACGGGGCCUUCAUGCCAGGUAUCGUCAACCCUUCACAGCUUGCUCGAUCCCUUCAAUUGUGAUGGCGUAAAUCCACGUGGACGAAUGAGACUGGCUGGUCCACCUGAAAAUCAAGAGAGUCGUUAAACAUUCCUCCUCGCUGCCUUCUUCGAAAUGGACUCGGAAAUGUUAGGUUUUUUUUUUUUUUUUGUUGUUGUUGUUUGGGAUUAGAUGUAAUGUGUGUUAUUGUAAAUCUGGUGAUGUUAUCGAUUAGCCAACGUUGUUGAAAAAUUGAUCGCCGAUUUAAAUAUCAUUUCUGCAAAAUGUCUAGUUCCGAUGUGCAUGAUAAAUAAAUAGAUCAAUGUUUUUAUU